AUGGCUUCUACUGCUCGCGCGGCUGCGCACUCCCUUGAUUGGUCUAAACUUACAGCCCUUGGACUCAAACGAGAAACUGUAGUGGCUCUGCAAGCCUUUCGAAAACGUAAUGAAGAAGCGAAACGUGUUUUGUCAGCUUUAAAAGAGCAAAAGACAGACAUUGAUUUUAAUCAUUAUCGAACAAUCCUGAAGAAUAAAAAAAUCGUAGACGAAGCUGAAAAGGCAUUGAAAACGUUUCAGCCCGUAAAAGUCGAUUUGGGUACCCAAUUAAAGAUUAUAGAGACUUUUGAGGCCAAAGCCGUUGAGAAUGCGCAGAAGACUGCUUCGAAGGUGGACGCAGAACUUCAAGAUCUACAAAACACUUUGACUAACAUGGAACAGGCAAGACCAUUCAAACAACUCACGGUUGAUGAAGUGGUCGCGGCUAAACCGGAGAUUAAUGAUAUUGUAGAAAAAUUGGUCAAAAAACAUCGUUGGGUUGUUCCGGGUUACGAGGAAAGAUUUGGAUAUUAG